AUGCGGGCAGCUCUUUGCCUGGGUGCGGUUGGCGCCCAGCAGCCUCUCAGGCAGUGGGGGCAGCAGCGGCAGCAGGAGAGCGGGCGCAGAAGGGCGCAGCAGCAGACGAGGCUCGGAGGCAGGAGGCGGAAUAAUCCUUUUCCUGUUCCACACGAGUGGUACCAGCCAGGUGAAUUCAUCGUUGGGGGAGUUCUUUCUCAGAGCUUUUACAAUUUCUAUGAAAUUUUGUAUAAGGAACACCCAUCAAAGAACCUGUUUGAUGUUUCAUAUAUGGUGCCAAAAUUUUAUCAGCACGUCCUUGCAUUGGUAUUUGCUGUCAAAGAAGUCAAUGAGAAUCCCAACAUCUUGCCCAAUAUCACACUUGGCUUCCAUAUCUAUGACAGCUAUUAUGAUGCAAGGAUGACCUACCGUACGAAUCUAGACCUCCUCUUUAAGAUGCAUAGAUUUGUCCCCAACUACAAAUGUGACACCCAGAAAAACCUCAUUGCCAUCAUUGGAGGACUUGGCCAUGAUACCACCUUCCAUAUGGCAGACACAUUAGGUCUCUAUAAGAUUCCACAGGUAAGAGUGGAGAGUGAUGCAAACCAGGUUCCUUCUUUUUACCGCAUGGUGCCCAAUGAAGCCCACCAGUUUGUGGGGAUUAUUCGCUUGCUUAAGCAUUUUGGAUGGACGUGGAUUGGACUCUUUGCUAUGAAUGAUAACAGCGGAGAACAUUUCUUGCAGACCCUGGAGCCAUUGCUUUCUCAAAAUGGAAUUUGCUCAGCCUUCACACAAAGAAUCCCAGAACAACUCCACAUUGAUAAUGUGGAUGAAAUGCAUGAUAUAGCUUUAAAUAUGUAUGUAGGAAUCAGAGAUAAUAAAGUCACUACAUUUAUUGUUUAUGGAGAAUCUCUAGCAAUUACAGCACUGAGAACUAUUAUAUUUCUGUCAGAUCCCACAAAUAAGGAAAACACAUCAUUUAUAAAGGUAUGGAUCUUUACAGCACAGACUGAUUUCAUAUCUAUGGGUCUUCUUAAGGUUUGGAAUGUUCUGCUCUUCCAGGGUUCCCUCUCCUUCACAAUCCAUUCACAAAAUCUUCCAGCGUUCAAGGAAUUUCUUCAGAGCGUAAAUCCUUCCAGGACCCAGGGAGAUGGUUUCAUAAAAGGCUUCUGGGAGCAAGCAUUUGACUGUAUAUUUCCAAAUCUUGAUGCACCAAUGGACGUCAGUGGCAUGUGUACUGGGGAGGAGAGGUUGCAGAGUCUUCCAAGGUCUCUGUUUGAAAUGAGCAUGACUGGUCACAGCUACAGUAUCUACAAUGGAGUCUAUGCUGUGGCUCAUGCCUUGCAUGGCAUUCACUCACCUAGAUCCAAGCAGAGAGCAAUGGGAAAAAGUGAAAGAUUAAAACUUCAGGACCUGGAGCCUUGGCAGCUGCACCCUGUUCUUCAUGACAUUUCAUUUAACAACUCAGCUGGGGAAACCAUGUCCUUUACUGAUCAAAGAGAAGUGGAAGGGGGAUUUGACAUCGUGAACAUAGUCACAUUCCCGAACAGGUCCUUCCUUCGAUUGAAGAUUGGAUGGGUUGAUUCUGAUGCAGCUGAUGGAAAAGAAUUCAGCAUUAAUGAGGACAUGAUUAUGUGGCACAAUGAUUUUAAUCAGGUGAUGCCAAUUUCUGUGUGCAAUGACUACUGUUGUGCGGGCUAUCAGAAGAAAAGGAAGGAAGGGCAGAAAUUUUGCUGCUAUGAUUGUACUCCAUGCCCAGAAGGGAAGAUUUCAAACCAGAGUGACAUGGAUGACUGCUUCGGAUGUCCUGAAGAUCAGCAUGCAAACAAGAAGAAAAACGGAUGCAUCCCUAAAACUAUCAAAUUUCUUUCUUACGAGGAACCUUUAGGGUUCAGCUUGGCCUCACUUGCUCUUUGUUCUUCCCUGAUCACAACUUUGGUGCUAGGAACAUUUGUUCAGCACAAAGACACUCCUAUUGUCAAAGCCAACAACAGGGAUCUCACCUACGCUCUCCUCAUUGCCCUUCUACUAUGUUUCCUCUCAUCACUUCUAUUCAUUGGACACCCUGGGAAAGUGACCUGCCUUCUUCGACAACCAACUUUUGGCAUCAUCUUCUCUGUAGCUGUUUCCUGUGUGUUGGCCAAAACCAUCACCGUAGUUGCAGCUUUCAUGGCUACCAAGCCUGGGUCCAGUAUGAGGAAGUGGGUGGGAAAAAGACUGACCAACUCCAUUGUGCUUUCCUGUUCCCUCAUUGAAGUGAUUAUUUGUAGUGGCUGGCUGAUGACCUCUCCCCCAUUCCCUGCUCUAGACAUGCACUCGGUAAUGGAAGAAAUCAUUGUGCAAUGUAUCGAAGGCUCAGUGACCAUGUUUUACUGUGUCUUGGGCUAUAUGGGCCUCCUGGCCAUUGCCAGCUUCAUUGUGGCAUUUGCAGCUCGUAAAUUGCCAGACAGUUUCAAUGAAGCCAAGUUCAUUACCUUCAGCAUGUUGCUGUUUUGCAGUGUUUGGCUGUCUUUUGUCCCAACUUACCUGAGCUCUAAAGGAAAAUCCAUGGUGGUGGUGGAGAUCUUCUCCAUAUUAACCUCCAGUGCUGGAUUGUUGGUCUUCAUCUUUGCCCCUAAAUGCUAUAUCAUUAUUCUGAAGCCAGAGCUGAACAACAGGGAGCAAUUUCUAAGGAGAAGGAUGUAA